GGGGGGAGGGGGCGGAGCUCCAAAGAAGAUGGCGUCGCUGCGCUGUAGGCGCGAUCCUUGUGGGAUAAUUUGCCUGAUCUUAACGUAUUUCAGUGUGUUUUACGCAGACUACGUGGUCAUACAGUACGUCCUGAUCCCCGCCUACUCGGACAGUGUUUGGUGUUUUCUUCAUGGAUCCAUCUUCAACCUGGUUCUGCUGCUGCUGCUGGCCUGCCACUCCAAAGCCGUCUUCUCAGAUCCGGGUAUGGUGCCUCUGCCGGAGACGGCCUUAGAUUUCUCAGAUCUGCGCUCACAGUCGUCUCGGAUGAACGAUCGGGGCUGUGAGGGCUGGACGGUUUGCAGUCGCUGUGAAACCUACAGACCUCCCAGAGCGCACCACUGCAGGGUCUGUCAGAGGUGUAUACGCCGCAUGGACCACCACUGCCCCUGGAUCAACAACUGUGUCGGGGAGCUGAACCAGAAGUAUUUCAUCCAGUUUCUCUUCUACACAGGCAUGGCCAGUCUGUACUCCAUGGUCCUGGUGGUGUGGGCGUGGCUGUGGAGGAUCCGCAACGAGCGGGAAGGAGAGGCGGAGAAGGAAGGAGAGGAGUCGCCCAGCAAACACCUGAUCGUUGCUCAUUACAUCAUCCUGCUGGUGGAGUCGGUGCUGUUCGGGGUCUUUGUCAUGGUCAUCUUCUACGAUCAGCUCGUCUCCAUCAUCACAGAUGAAACUCCCAUCGAACAGAUGAAGAACAGGCUGAUGAUCAAAGACCGAAGAUGCUCCUCCUCCUCCUCGCAGCAGCAGCAGCAUCACCUCCCUCACACCAGGAAGCCGAAGCUGGCUCUGCUGCGGGAGGUCUUCGGCAGAGGUGUGUGUGUGUGUGUGUGUGUGUGUGUGUGUGUGUGUGUGUGUGUGUGUUAGCUGCCUAUAAACUGACCUUUGACCUGACAGCUGAAGAGGAAGGACCUUUUUUUCCUGAACCUUCCUGUGUCGAGACAGAAGACCUGAGGUGUAACCUGUUACAGCUUCUCCUCCUUUAUUUAUUAUUUAUGGAGCGGUUCUGUCAACGCUGCAGUUUUGCUCUAAAAAUGGUUUCAAACCAGAUUUUCCUGCAGGUGUUUGGGUCAGAAACCGUGUCUGCAGAACCUUCAAGAUUCUGAGGAUUAAAUAAGAAUAAUCCAGAUUAUUUGUAAAAACUAAUCAUAGAUUUUAAUUUAAAGCUUUUAUGUUGAUCUGCUUCAUAAUAAUAUUAAUUCAUAAAGCAAAAACCCCAGUUUUAACUUUUACAAAAUAAAAUUUUUAUUAUUUUUCUUUAAAUAUAAAUAAAUGUUUAAACUUGGUCAUAAUAAAGAUGACGGUGUGUAUUUUCUAUCAACAUGUCAUGUUUUUGUUGAUUUUAAAGCACCUUACAAAAUCUAAUCAUUUUAAUGGUUUAAUUGCUCUGUAGCGCCCUCUGCUGUUUACCUUUUAUCAUGAAAGGAAGUUAAGAUAACCAAAACAAUAAAUAAAAUCUUAGUGUUUUAUUUUGUGAAACGCAGCCCUCAUGUUCAGAAUGACCUGUUUGUUAAUAUUUAAUUACUAAAUCACAAUCAGUGACAUCAUGCAGUUCAUAUUUUACUCUAAUUUUAAAGCUAACUAUGUGAAAAUACAAAGAUUUUCCGAAAGGUAUUAUUUUUAAAAAAGAGAAAAUGAAAUUUCAGUUUCAGCCUGAGUGAUUAAACACAAGUUUAGGUGCAAAAUAAAUUUAAAAAAUUCAAAACAUCGACAGAAAAAAAAACUUAAUGAAUUUAAACGUUUUUUGACCCAAACCAAUCACCUGAGCUGAACUUUAUCCUCUAAAACACAAAAUAUUUCUUUGCAAUCUGUUCACAAACAUUUUGUCUUGAUUAAAAAACAAAACAAAUAAACUUCAGGAGGUGUUAAACCACAAUAUAAAAUGUAUUUUUCCACCUGUUUUUAGUUAAAAUGCAGAUUAAACUGGUGCAAUAACAGAGAAAAGAUUCAUAUCUUUGUUUACUUCAUUUUUUAUUUGAAGCUUUUUAAAUCAAAUGAAUGCUUUUUGACUUUUGCACACUUGUUGAUGAUUGUGUUAUUCCUCAGUGAAGGGAUGUUUUUAUUUAUUUAUUGUUUGUAAUUAUCGGACGGUUUGAACUCUAUGAAGUGUGUGUUUGUGUGUGAGGGGCUGAAGUUGCCUCUUUUUAUAUUUUCUUGGAUUUGUUACAAUAUUUCCUGAGUUUACAUCAGUCUGUGGACGUUUACUGUUUUAUGUUUUGUUUUUGUUGCUCAAAAGUCAUUUUACUGGAAUAUUACCACCAUAAAUAAAACGUUAUGGAUUUAGUUUUAUGCACAUUUAUUGUUGUUGGAGUCUUAACCACUAAAUAUUAAAUCAUUUUACUUAUUUUUAAGUUACAUCAGUUAAAUAAAGCAGGUAUGGAUGUAAAAACAGUGAAUUAAAUACAAGAUAUUAAAGUUAAAACUGUUUUUAUUUUUAGAAAACGAGGCAACUUCAUCCCCAGUGUUUUUUUUAUUCUGAUUAUUUUUGUAAAAACAGAAAAAGAAAAAGUUUUUUUGAACGUUGUGACCAACCUGGGCUGAACACAAGUGCUUUAUUGAAUAAUGUUGGAUUAUUUGUAAACAAACAAACGUGUCUUUAACUGUUGGUUUCUACGACGACGACUUUAACCUAAGAUUCUGCUUUUUUCAAAUCACUUUUAUCAUAAUCUGAAUUUAUUUCAGUAUACUUAUUUAAUCAUUAAAAGCUGAACUGAAUAAAAAAAGAAAGUGUGGAAAGAAGUUAUGAGAAACAUG